AGGAAGUACCGAGUAGCUUGUUGUGAGUUGUCGCGGUGGCUACUUUCAGUUGCUGGUGUCUUCUCUCUUCCUGGCUCAUAAAUGGCGAGCUCCUCGGGUCCGGGUCUGACCGGGCCGGGACUCUGGUCCUCGGCGCUGCUCCUGCUGAUGCUGACGGGUCUGAUCGGGCCGAUCGGUGCCGUAUCCGAACCGGGGAAAUGGGUCGUGAACGUCGACAGCGAAACUCUUAAGAAGCACAACCACACCUUCUUCUUCACUAAAACUCUGUUCAACAACACCUACAUCAAUCUCAAAUUGGUGGCAGAGAACUGUAACGCGUCGUCACCUGUCCAGUUGAACGUUUCCUGGUAUUUGAGGAACUCUCACUGCUACGAUGAAGUCUUCAGCCUGGACGCGCAGCGGGUAGGAAGUUACUUCAAGUCGACGGAGGUCAAACCAGGAGGAGGAAGUGGAUAUUACGUUUUUCACCAGUAUCAGGCCAUUGUCUGCCAGCCACACAUACGCCCCAACACGUUCAGCCUGGAUCCAUUUGAGACGAUAACACGACUGACGGAAGCGCCGCAGCAACAGCCAAUCACAGAGCAGACUUCAGGCAGGAGGAGGAGACAGGUGGAGCCUCCAAAACCAAAGGCUGCUGCAGAGAAGGAAGGUGCUUCGGCUGAAACAGGAAAAGCCUCCGUCUCUGAUAAAGAGGUGGCGCCUGCUCAUCGUCACUUCGAUGCUGUGGCUCUGAGCUGGGAGGACGGACCCUACAUGUUCAUCCUGAAUAUCAAAGAAAUCAAAGAAAAGAACCGAGCCUCCGCCAACCCCCCCGCACCCUGGAGCCUACAGUUGCAGGUCAGCAUGAAGGGUCCCCAUGACUACAUAUCAGCCUCUGAGUGGCCGAUGAUGGUGUUCUACAUGGUGAUGUGCAUCGUGUACGUGCUGCUGGCAGUGCUGUGGUUGGUGCUGUCAGCGUGUUACUGGAGGGAUCUGCUCAGGAUCCAGUUCUGGAUCGGGGGAGUCAUCUUCCUGGGCAUGUUGGAAAAAGCUGUCUACUACGCCGAGUUCCAGAGCAUCAGAUACGACGGCUUGUCAGUCCAGGGGGCCGUGGUGUUUGCUGAGGUGCUCUCUGCGGUGAAGAGGACUCUGGCCAGGGUGUUGGUGAUCAUCGCCAGUCUGGGUUAUGGCAUCGUCAAGCCCCGACUUGGUGCGUUGCUCCAUAGAGUGGUCGGAGUCGGUCUGCUCUACUUGAUCUUUUCCAUCGUCGAGGGGAUCCUAAGAGUCAACGCUGAUCGAGGCAAGAAAAACAGCAGUACAUUGUUGUGUGACAUAGUGCUGGCCUUCACUGACUCCUGUGUUGUCUGGUGGAUCUUUGUGAGUCUGGCUCAGACGAUGAAGCUACUGAAGCUGAGGAGGAACGUGGUGAAGCUCUCUCUCUACAGACACUUCACCAACACGCUCAUCUUCGCUGUCAUAGCAUCGGUCAUCUUCAUCAUUUGGACCUACAGGACCUUCAAGAUUUCUAAAUGUCUGUCUGACUGGAGGGAGCUGUGGAUAGAUGACGCAUUCUGGCGCUUCUUGUUCUCCAUCAUCCUAUUGGUCAUUAUGUUCCUAUGGCGACCGUCAGCCAAUAACCAGAGGUAUGCCUUCAGUCCUCUGUUGGAUGAAGAGAGUGAGGAAGAGGAGAAGGAGCCCAUGAUGAACGAGGCUUUCGAGGGGAUGAAAAUGAGGGGCAUGAAAAAUGAAGCCAACGGUACAGCCAAAGGCAACAAAGUGGAUGAGGAUCUGAAAUGGGUUGAAGAGAACAUUCCCACAUCGAUGGCAGAUGUCGCCCUGCCCCCGCUGCUGGACUCCGACGAGGAGACCAUGACGACUAAGUUUGAGAUGUCCAAGAUGGAGUAGAGCAGAAGAGGAAGGAUGGACGAAAGGAGGGAACAUGGAGGAGUGUUUAAAAAACACCAAUCUGGUAAACAGACGGAUAAAUGAUACAGAUUAAUAUUGGUGGAGUAAAAGAGAAUGAUGGCUGAUUUAAUGCACAUGUGAGGAGAGAUAGAUCGACUGGGUGAAAGAGGGAAUGCAGAGAAUAAUGAGUGUUUGCUUUACAAGACGGAGAGAUUUAACCCCUGACUUUAUGAGCUUUGUAAGCCUUGACUGUACAUACACUGGGAGUAAAAUCGAUGACAGCAGCACACAGUUUCUUUUUAUUUUUCUUUUUAAUGCCUGUUUGUAUUUAUAUUUCUAUAUAUAUACAGUAUAUUUGGACAGAUUUGAUGCUAAUGAUGUUCUCUGCUACAGGAGUGGCUUGUUUGCCUUUUCACCGUUUACAUGCGAAAAUGUGAUUUUCGAAUAUUGUCUCACUAGACAUAUUGUGUGUUUUUCCCUGUUGCCACAACAAGAGCACUCCCCGUCUCUGCUGUCUGUGUUUUUUUGAGUUGACACCUGUUGAGUGGGUUUCAUUUUGAUCCUUUAAACAGGCAAAACCAAAGUUGUGAAUUUGAAAGCAAAAAAGAAACAAGGAUGUGAAUUAAAAUAUUGUUUCCUCAGUCUUA